AUGUCCUUUACUAGAUACAGCAAGCCCGUCCCUGAAGGGCUUGUGGUGUGCGAGACACGCGAGCAAAUGAAUCAAGCGGCGCGCGACCACCCAGAAACGGUCCUUCACGAUGAAGACGGCGGUUACUAUCUCAAAGACAUGAACGGCAUCCCGGUGGCUGUGGCCGCUGACUCACUGUGUCCAGAAUUGGAUAAGUCCUUCGCCGAAGCGGACACCAUGAUUGCACAGAAUCAACUGGAGGGAGAAGAUCAAAUGGGCACGGAUGAUGGCCUCGACUCGACAGCCGGUUGUGGCCUCGGAUGA